UUUAGUGGCUUUAGGAUUAUCAUUCUCACUUCUCUACCAUCAGGCAGCAGCAGUGCGCAAAGUAACUCGAUUGACGACAGUUCAUUGUCGUCAGAUAACGUAGUGAUUUAAUUUUUCAAAUUAAAAUAAUCGAAAAAAAAAAAAUAAUCAUUUUUCAACCAUGUGCGUACGUACAUUGACCGGAAGUGAAUUAGAUACAUCAGUGCCAACAAAUUUAAAAGUAAAUUAUCAAGAUGUAAAAAAUGAGCAAUCAUCAAAACCGGAUAAAUUAAUAAAAGCUAAAGACAAAUUUAUAAAGUUACAUGAUGAAAUGAUUGUACGAGAGAGAAAACAGAGAAGUGAUUUUCAUGAAAAACUUAAUAAUUUUCUACCAACUGAACAUGUUUUAUUUAAAUUCACCGUUAAAUUUAGAACAUUGUACAAUAAAUUUUGCACUUCUGAAGCAUGGAAACAUACAAAAUCACAUAGAAUUGUAGUAUCUAGUGCUCAAUUAGCACACUUGAUUAUGAUACUUUCAGUUCUAUGUGUUUUAUCAGCAUUUUUUCCAAAAAAUAGACGAACUGGUCAACAGCAUUCAACACUAUUAUCUCUUAUUUAUCUAUCAUCAUUUAUAGUACAUUUAGGAGCACAAGUUUGGAUGACCUUUGUCUCUGGAUUAUCGCUGUACUUCGCUUUACCACGUCACACUUUUAGUGAAAUUCAACGUGUAUUGUUUCCAAGAUAUUUUACAAUAAACGCGUGUAUGAGUUUUAUUACCGUUCUUAUUUUCGUCAAUCAUCAUCCUGUACAUUCUUGGGACUCAGAGUUAAAAUUACAGAUAUUUGCAAUGACAAGUGCAUUUUUUUUGGAAUUAAUGAUUCGUCUUUACAUGACGCCAAUACUUUUGCGUUUAAUUGUUCAGAAAACAUCAAUUGAAGUGACUGCAAAAGUUGGAAGUGAAAUUGGACAUCAAAAUUUUGGCGUUUUAAAACACUGUCCACAUUAUUUGAAAAUUCAUAAAAGUUUUCGUUUAGUACACAGUACAAUUGCCGUUGGAAAUUUAUGUACAAUGGCAUGCACUCUAUUUCAUUUAUAUUAUUUAUCAAGCAAAUUGUGCGUGCUAUAAAUCUCAUUAUUUAGUUAAUAUCUAGUAAUUUAUAAUACAAUUUCUAUAUUCAAUAUACUUAUUUAAUUUCUGAUAGUCA